AUGAAUGCUCUCCAAAGUGGGCCGUGGAUUAUUAGGUCACAGCCAUUGAUCCUUAGUGAAUGGUCUCCAGCGAUAAAACUAGAAAAGAGGGAAGUGAAAAAGAUACAAGUAUGGGUAAAGAUACAUGAUGUUCCCAUAGCAGCUUACACAGAGGAUGGGCUGAGUUUAAUUGCAAGUACACUUGGUGUCUCAAAACUUCUUGAUUCGUAUACUACAACAAUGUGCAUGGAUACCUGGGGAAGAAGUAGCUAUGCCCGUGCACUCAUAGAAAUCACGGUUGAACAGGAGUUGAAAGAGGAGUUGACAAUAGCUAUACCGGAUCUUGAUGGUGAGAGUUUUGUCACAGAAAAAAUGGUUGUUGAAUAUCAAUGGACACAACAUAGGUGUGGCCAUUGUUGUGUUUUUGGCCAUAUGGAUGAUUCUUGCCGGAAACAGAUUAGAGCUUCAUCUAAAACUCCAGCUAGAGUGGAUGGGGAUGGAUAUAAGGUAGUUAAUCAGCAAAAGGCAGCAAAAAGAACAAGAAUCCAGAUUAAUAAACCCAAGGUGGAAUAUCAGCCUAAGCAACAGGCUUCAAAGCAGGAGAAAAAAGUUGUAUUUGAGGUAGAUAAGUCGGUUUCAAAGCAGGUAAAAACCUCCAAUCGGUUUGAUGUCCUAAACAAUGAACUAAAUGAUCCAUUUGAUGACCUAUAUUCGAACAAGGGAGAUGUUUUUGCAUCUACUAGUAGGGGUGGGGGUGUAAAACCUAUGGAUAACAAGGAUCAACAUGAUGAAGAGGAAGAAGUAGUUGAGGUCUAUAACGAAACUGCUGAGUUUAUGGUAUCUAAUAAUAAAACAGGGGCAAACACUCCUGCUGUGAAUGUUGCAAAUGGUUAG